CGUUCGGGAAGUCGGGGAGGUCAGUACGGAAUUGCCCCUUUUUGAGAGUUAAGCUUUUAUUCGAAUCGUAAUUCAAAAGGUUGUCCCCAUUGGGAGUUGCUUUUAACGUUGGACGGGCGACGGCACCUGCUCGGGUGGAGACAGGGUAACGCAGCCGUCUCUGCCUCUUCCGCUCACCUGGAGCUCUUAGUACCCUGGAAAUGACUGAUGUAUUGGGUCUACAACCUAGACAUGCUGAGCAGAGUGUUCAUCUCCACAGUUUUAUGUCUGCCUUUUCAUGUCUUUGCAAGUAAAGCGUCACAUCACACCAUCACCGUACCUGCAGGUGAAGAUGUUCUUCUGCCUUGCACGUUUCCACCUCUGGACUGGCAUGACCCUAGAAACUUCCUAAUCAUCAAGUGGCAGCACGACUAUUCCAUUAUUUAUCACUAUGAAGAUGAGGAGGAGAGGCCAGAGCGGGGACUGGAAAAAUACAGAGGAAGAUUUCAGCUGUUUCACCGAGAAGUCGCCAAAGGAAAUGCAUCAGCACUUUUGAAAUCCAUUCAUCUGACAGAUGCUGGGGAGUACGUGUGUAUGGUCAUCUGGAGGGCCGGUCAUGAGGAAAUUCAGAUGCAGCUAUCCAUAACUGAGAAGCACCUCCCAAGAAAUCAACUAUUCAUCUUUGGCUUGUUCAGUAUACUCACGGUGAUUGUGUACACUUCAGUUUUUAAAGCUAAGCUCCGAUGGAUGCAUCACAAGUCUCAUGACCAAUCAAAGUGCUGAAAGGGUCUGGCGGGUGACAACAAAAUGCCAUUGUGUCUGCUCCCUGCUCUCCUGUGCUUUACAAAGGUAACGUCUACACCCCAAACAUCACCAAUAUGGAAGGAUAACUCCUGGAUUUUGUCUGUAAAGCAUUAUGAAAACUAUUGAUCCACUUCACAAUGGGAGUGGCCAAUCAAAAAAAAAAAUGAUG